AUGCAGCGCUCUUCCACCCGCUCACCUACCAAAUCCAAGGUGGAAACAUGGCCCGGCCCAAGACCUCUCGUUAUCUUCAUUCGCAACUUGAAGCUCCUUGGUUUAGACCGCCGGCCAGGCUGGCCAGAUAUCUCACCAACUAUCCUUGCCGGUACGCAAAGUAAUCUUCGUCAGCGGAUACAAGUAGUGGAAUGGUCCCUGUACCACCUGUUUCUCCUCUGGGACAGAACUGAGACACACAAUAAACUACAACCUUUCUUUCCUCCUCUCGAGCCACUGCAAUCUGUCAAUCUAAGAGCGGCCCUCUUCCGCUCACUCUCAGACCUGAAAAAAAGUGGCGUACUGGGACGAGAUGCGAUCCUUCGAAAGACGAUGUUUGAUGACUGCAAAGGCGAGAGAUUUGAAGAUGUUCUAGCUGUGUUUUCUACAGCUGUUCUUCGAAAAUCACUCCUCUCUCACCAUCAUCAUCAAGGCCAUGUUGUUCAUCUGGCUAUUGCUCACCAGCUAACACAGCCUGAACAAGAAAACAUAUUGCCAUUGAUAAUUUCUCUCCGAUCCUCCCUGACAUGCACUAUCAAAGAAAGAAUAAGCCUUAGCGGUUUUUAUGAAAACCUCAAUCAGCAUCUUCUCACCAAAGCAGGUGAACUUUCUAUUCGUUCUGCAGAAAGCUCACAGUCAAUCAGUGAUGUCUCUAAAUCGAAUCGAAUGCAUAAUAAUAUUUUUUCCAUGUGGCAUGGAAACGAAGGGUGGGCAAAAUCUAUUAUAGAUGGCGGUUUACAGCUAAAGCUAGACCCUCUUCUAGAAGUGGAUUUCCUACAGUUACGCUCUCUGGCAAACAGUGACAAUUUGCGUUCUAUGCAAUCACAAACAUCAUCUGACCUUCUUGCACAUCUGGAUGAUAGAGUACUUCAGCAAAAAUCACGCUUAAAACAAUGGCGGGAAUUUAGGAAGUCACUAACAGAGGAGAAAUCUGAAAUAAACAGUGUGGAGUCAACUAAGCAAAGGCAUAUAAUGAAAUUUCGCAACCAUGAACCACUUUCGGUUGCUUCCCUUGCGCAUACAAAGUUCUCUGUUUUGAGCGAUUAUACGCAGUUAUCUGAGUACCAAUCUCUGUUACUUGAUUUCCAAGAGUCUAUAGCCAAUAUUUCUGGGAUGAAAGAGUCAAAGAGAAGUGAAUCGAUAGCAACAAGCCAAUUACCUUUGAGUCGUGAUGACACAAACCUUGACUCCAAGCUGCAUUCCACUAAAAUUCGGAAUGACAGCCACGAGCAACCUCUGAGCUCCCCUGCAAGUACAGUUGCUCCUUCUGAAGAUAGCUUAGACGGCCUGAUGAGCUAUCGGCCUAAUGAAAUAAAUAGCCAACUUUCUAAAGGGAAAGCCGACGAUUCCGUGCCAGGCACUCUUUCAUCUACACUUCUUGAGCGCACUCGGCAAUCCAUGUCGGCACUAACAGUUCCGGACCUUCGCCCGCGGAAAUCAAAACCUUCAUCAAAAACUACACGCUACUCGCAGCAAUUUCCUGUGAAUCAAUUUCAAACCCCAAACAGUAAAAGCGGGUCAAAAGAUGAGGCUCCUGAUGGAACCACUACUCCGCAAGAAGACCUUUUCAAUGAAGACGCGGAGUAUGCUAGCGUAUUCAAGAGUCGACCAAAAAUUGCAACGAGUCCAAUUCAUUCACCAGCCGUGCACGCACCGUUGUUUUUGAACGAACCUCAUAAUGCAAUGUCAGACGCAGAGUAUGACGAAAGGGAUGACUCCCUUACUUUCGCUGAACAAAACUCGCCUUCAAUACGCAGACGGACGGCCUAUAUGUAA